GUACCUCUACGAGGGCAUGACGCGCAUUGCGGAAUCGAACGCCCCCCUCUUCCGUACCGGCAUGAACUCCAUUGCCUCUGUGGACGUGGAGGUACCGAAGAAUGCUUCCGGUGUGUUGUACUGUGUCGGCGGCACAUCUGGGGGCUUCUCAGUGUACAUGGACCAGGGAUACCUUUAUGCAGAGUAUAUGUCUACUCUGCUCUACCGCUACAUCGCCAAGUCCUCCGCGCCACUGACAGCAGGGAACGCCAAGAUUGAGAUCAAGCUGCAAUUCGAGACAAAGCCGGUGAUUGCUCCGGCAAAUCUCACCAUGUCCGUGAACGGAACUGUGAUGGCUUCGAUGAUUGUGGAGAAAUCGAUCCGUGUGGCCUUCGACGCUUCCGAGACUUUUGACGUGGGAAUGGACUUGGGUUCGCCCGUCUCCUUGCUCUACCAGGCCCGGUCGCCGUUCAAGUUUAGCGGCAAGAUCAACCAGCUGCAUGUCAAGUACAUCAACGGCACUUCCUCUGCAUCAGCCAUCGCCGUGGUGAUCUGA